AUGGUAGCGAGGACAACUUUUCUGAUGAUAGCUACAGCGACGACGAGCUGGUUGAGAAGGGAAGAUGAUCCAGAGAACUUCACCAACACGUCCUCCCACCACAAGCUUGUGAAGUACAGAGACGAGGGGAAGGCGAGGAAAGGGGAGGACUUUAACCCGAGCCAGGAUCCUUUUGAUACAGAGCUGGUGAUGAUAUCUGGUGGCGGGAAGUCCCAUGGAUCUCAAGCCAUUGGUGAUGGACUGAUACAUUGUCCUAAGACUCUCCCGCAGAUCAAGAAGUGCCUGAGUAGCUCUGAUCCUGAGAUAACGCCUCGUGCACGGCCCGCGGAGCUCACCAUGGCGACCAUGUGCAAGAAAAAUGGUCAGGCCCCUCCGCCGAUGCCCCAGAUUGCUCCGGCGACCACGGUGAUGGACAUGGCCUGUUUCAGUUUUGCAGGGCAUAGUGUUGUCCCCAGGCAUGAGGCUCUUCAGCUCGCUGCCAGGAUGGGCUUGGACUUGGUUGAGGUCCACAGAAAAACAGACCCUCCUGUUUGCAAGAUCAUGGACUUUCACAAAGAGAAGUAUAACAAAGAUGUCAAGGAGAAAGAACGCUUAAAAACCAAGUCUGCUAUUGUCUUGCGUGGUGGAGAUAACAAAGAAGUGCGGUUUAAGGCGAAAACAGAAAUUAAAGACUUGAAGGUGAAAGCAGAUGCAAUUACCAGACUAAUGGAGCGUGGUUACAGGGUGAAGUGCAUGGCAAUGCCUGCAGGUAAUGAAGCAGAAGAUUUAGGCGGACCGCUAUCUCGGCUGUUAGGACUUAUACAAGAUGUCUGUAUUGUGGAAAGUGGGCCACAUUUGGACUCCAAGCAUGCAUAUGUUAUUGUCAGGCAUGUGAAGUUUGCAACCAAGAAAGGCGGAAAGAAAGCUAGCAAGGCCAUGGAAGACGCGGGCAAAGGCACCCCCCACAACACUGCCUCUGAAUCACCAGCCACUGCUACUGAUAGUGGGGACAAGACAAGUGAACAUGGUUUGGAAGUUGGGGAUGUUGGCAAAACGCCAUCCUAUCUCUCUCGUGAAUCUGUGGUGCAAAAAGAAAGGCAAGAUAGAGGCGUUGGAGGCAGGAACCGCGAUAACAUGGACAACAUGAGUGCUGUAGGAAACAGGAUUAACCGUGGUCAGGGGGGAUCACAAUCAUCCGAUCGUGGACUCGGUUGUAGGAGUGGAAAUUCUCACAUGGAAAAGCGAGAGAAGACUAAUCAGGAUAUGGCACCUGAGCAAACCAACAGGUAUGCCAGCCGUAGACAGCAGAUGGGAGGCGACAACCAAGGCAGACCCCUGCAGGACCCGAGAAGAAAUGAAAAUGAAGGUCGCCACCGGUUCAACGACAAUCAAAGGCCUUUUGAACAGCCUAGCCCGCUAUCGCCAAGGUUCAGCCAAGGCAGACCCCCACAGGACCCGAGAAGAAAUGAAAAUGAAGCCCGCCACUGGUUCAACGACAACCAGAGGCCUUUGGAACAGCCUAGCCCGCCAUCGCCAAGGUUGAGCCAAGGACGACCCCCACAGGACCCGAGAAGAAACGAGAGAGGAAGCCAUGUCCCAUCGAAUAACAACCAGCCGCGACGACUCCAACAAUCGAAUCAGAACAGUGGACCAUUAGCAGGCCGGGACGCAGGGAGUCCGACUCCGACAGCCAGGAGUUUGGGCGUCCUCAGCAGCCGAACGCCAGCCACAACAUCCGAGCCGAAGAAGGCAGAUGGCGUGUCCGCUGCUGGUAAACCUUCUGACCCCGGUCCGUCCAAAAGCUUUGGAAUAUUUAGUACUCCCUGAAAGUGAUUCCGGUGAUAAAAAAAAGGUCGUGAAAAAAGACGAGUAAGUUCUGUGGCGAAGUUUGCAGAGCAAAUAUUAUUCCGCUUG